CUUGUCGGUGCUCCGCGGCUCCUCACUGACGGCGCUGGGCGGGUCUGACGUGAGAAGCGAAUCCCGCGCGUGACUCCCGGCUGCUUUGAUUGUGGAAUGUUUUUGGCAAUGGGGCGGCAGGAUUUGUGCGGGCUCGCGUCGAGGUUUAGUUUAUUCAAAAGAACCAGUAUAAUUCUGCAACAUCUGGAUCUAACCCAGGUCCUCACAUGCAUUCUAAGCAUAUGCUGUACCACUGAGCCACACCUCUGCCUCAUUUCUGGAUUCUUACAAAUGAUAUUGCUCUGACUAAUGUUGUACUUGUUUCAUUUGGCCCAUAGAGAAUGUCUAAGCACACAGAAGCGGCAGGAGAAGUGUUGUUGGAAAGAAAAGGUUGUGCAGGAGUGAUAACACUGAACAGACCGAAGUUACUCAAUGCACUGACCCAGAAUAUGAUUCGACAGAUUUAUCCCCAGCUGAAGAAGUGGGAACAAGAUCCUCACACGUUCCUGAUCAUUAUAAAGGGAGCUGGAGAAAAGGCUUUCUGUGCUGGUGGUGAUAUAAAAGUAAUCUCUGAAGCUUCAAAGGCAAAACAGAGGCUGGCUCAAGAUUUCUUCAGAGAAGAAUAUAUACUGAACAAUGCCAUUGGUUCUUGCCAAAAACCUUAUGUUGCACUUAUUGAUGGAAUCACAAUGGGUGGGGGAGUUGGUGUCUCAGUUCACGGUCAGUUCCGAGUGGCUACCGAAAGGACCCUGUUUGCAAUGCCAGAAACAGGAAUAGGACUAUUCCCUGAUGUGGGUGGAGGUUAUUUCUUGCCAAGACUUCAAGGAAAACUGGGCUACUUCCUUGCAUUGACAGGAUUCAGACUAAAAGGAAGAGAUGUGUAUAGAGCAGGAAUUGCUACACACUUUGUAGAUUCCAGAAAGUUACACAUGUUAGAGGAAGAUUUGUUAGCCUUGAAUUCUCCUUCAGAAGAAAACAUUGCACAUGUCUUAGAAACCUACCAUACAGAGUCCAAGAUUGAUCGAGACAAGUCUUUUAUACUUGUGGAACACAUGGAUAAAAUAAACAGUUGCUUUUCAGCCAAUACUGUGGAACAGAUUAUUCAAAAUUUACAGCAAGAUGGUUCACCUUUUGCUCUAGAGCAAUUGAAGGUCAUUAACAAGAUGUCUCCAACAUCCCUAAAGAUCACACUAAGGCAACUCAUGGAGGGGUCUUCAAAGACCUUGCAGGAAGUAUUAACUAUGGAAUAUCGACUAAGUCAAGCAUGUAUGGAAGGUCAUGACUUUCAUGAAGGUGUUAGAGCUGUUUUAAUAGAUAAAGACCAAAGUCCAAAGUGGAAACCAGCUGAUCUACAAGAAGUUACUAAAGAAGAUGUGAAUAAUUAUUUCAAGCCUCUGGGAAGCAAUGACCUGGAAUUCUGAGGUGGCCAGCCCUUUAAGGGAGAAGACCUCUGUGUGGACUGACAGAGUCUGAAGUUAAGACAGUGCUGAGUUCAGCCGAUUCCUUAAUUCAAGCAGCAUCUACUGAGGACCAACUACAUUUCCAGCCAAUAUUGUACUUUGCAUUUUCAGUAUUCUGAAUUUAGGUUACAGGUUACCAAUCUCAUUUUAUUGAUAAGUGAAAGAGUUUCUGAAGCAAAGCUUGUAAGUGUCAGGACUAGACUCCAAAACUAUGAUUCAGAAAUUAGGGCAUUUCUACUAGAUGGGCAACCUUCAUAGUAAAAGGACUUGUCUUGCAUAUUAUCAGUGACUUGAAUUCCUGGUGAAUAAAUACAUCAAAUGUGCAGAAUUAACAUGAUGAAUAUAAGAAUCAAGAUUAAAGCAUGUCUAGGCCAGGUGCGGUGGCUCAAGCCUAUAAUCCUAACUACUUGGGAGGUGGAGAUUGGGUGGAUCACAGUUUGAGGAAGGGAAAAAAUUAGUGAAACCCCCAUCUCAACCAAUGGCUGGGUGCACUGGCAUGCACUGUCAUCCCAGCUAUACAAGGAGGUACAAAUAAGGAAGGUCAAUGUCAAGGCUGGCUUGGGCACAAAGAAAGACUCUGUCUCCCAAACAACCAACACAAAAAGAACUGACAGAGUAGCAUAAGUAGUAGAGCAUCUGCCUAGCAAGCACGAGGCCCUGAGUUCAAACCCCCAAUUCCCCCACAAAAAAAGAUGAAAACAUAGCUAACAAAUUGGAAAUUGGAGAGAGACUUAAAGUAGUACAUGUUACAAAGGGAAAAUGAAGUUCUGAUUGAAGAAAUGCUCAACUGCACAAUUUAAAAAUAAAGCCUACCUUGUCAGCAAAGUGGGGGGAGAGAGGUGUGAUGUGUUCAGUCAGUUUUGCAGAGUUUAUUUGAAGGUGGGAACUCAUUGUACUCUUUGAAUUAACAGAGUUAUUAACAGACUUGUUAACUUCAGUGUUAGACCAAGAAUCUUUAGCACAAAGAAGGUUCUUAGGUGAAGAAGGAAACAUAAAAUACUUACUAAAAAUAACUAACACUUACUGACUUUAGGGCACCUAUAUGUACUUUACAAAGAUUAUUAAUUUCAUCCUCACAACUUUCUGGACAGAUAGAUUAUAUUACCAUUCCCAUUUUACAGAUAAGGAAACCGAGGCUCUGGGAUCUGAAAGGCUGUCAUAUAGACAAAAAAACCCAAAAACCUUAUUUUGUAUUGCUGUUUUUGGUCAUGGACUUUUUCAGGCUCAGAAGUUUUAGAUCUUCUUUGCAGAAAAAUCCUGCAUAUAAUUUCAAAAGUUGGAGGGUGAUUAGCAAAAGGAGGACUCAUUAGAAACAGGCUCAAGAAAGCAGUUGUCACCUUAGUGUAAACAAGGCCUUGCUAGUAGUAACAGGAGGGAUACUCUUUCCUGUCACUGAAGUGGCCAGUUGAAAUGUGGCUGGUCUGUCAGGAGUGCUGUUGAGAUACUAAAAUGGGCUGGAGGACAGUGGAUGGUUGACCCCUUUGCUAUACGACUGUGGAGCUAAAUGAGGACUUUUUCUUGAUGGCAAAACACAAGUUUAAAAAAACGGUUAGUAUUUACCCAGACUGUUCUGCUACAUCUAAAUAAUGUUAUUUCCUAUCUGUAUAUGAUAGCGACCAGGUACUAGAAAACAACCCAUCCAAAGGAAAAAGGGAAUAUCCAAUUGUUGAUCUUGGCUUGAUUAAU